CCCUCUCUAAAGUGAAGAAACUUGGAAUGAGUUUUCUUCGUGAGGUAGAGAGCUUUAAAGCAGAAAAGCUAAAAUCGGUAAAUACAACAGUCACUACAGCAGAGGGAAGGAAGUUUCUAGAGCUCAAGGGUGGAGAUGGAGGUAUCAUCACUGUAGAUACUGGAGAACACAGCUUAGGAUUUUGCGAGGACCUCUCACCAGAUGACAAGCUUUACAAAGUACUGGACAACUUAUUUUUAAGCUCACAAGAUGGAGCCAGAAACUUGGAGGAACUUCAACAAAAUAACAUAACUCACAUAUUAAAUGUUGGAACAGGAAUAGAGAAUGCCUUUCCAAAGGAGUUUGAUUACAAGACUGUUGAGGUACUGGAUUUGCCAGAAACUCCCAUUUGCCAAUACUUCCCCGGGAUGUUUGAUUUUAUCCAAAAUGGCUUGGCAAGUGGUGCAGUGCUUGUUCACUGCAAUGCUGGUGUUUCUCGUUCUGUGACUGUCGUUCUUGGCUACUUGAUGUCUUCAAAAAGAUUGCCACUGGAAGAGGCUAUGAAGAUUGUUAAAAAAGCCAGACCAAGUGCAAAACCUAAUGUAGGAUUCCUUCAUCAACUAGAAGACUACCAGACAAGGCUUCAUCUUCAUUAAAAGAACACAAGAAACAAUAUCCUAAUAUUAAGAAGUGAUUGUAAAUAUAUGAAAAUAAUGUUUGUGAACUGCGUUUGAGAAAUGAAUAGGAAAGUGGUCUUUGUAGUAAUGAACACUACUUAAGCACUAGUGAAAAUAAGGACUAAAAAAAAUUCAGGCCUGUAUGGGAUUUGAAGCCAAGUUCUCUGUGAUACCAUACUGUGAUGCAGUGCUCUACUAACUGAGCUAACAUGCCAACUGGGAGCUUGUCAUUAUUUUUGGUUUGUAACAAACCGGUGAAGUGAGUUAUGAUAUCACAGCUUGAACAUUUCUUUGAACAGUUUAGGAUAAUUACCGUAAUUUCCGGUCGUUUACCCGCGGGUAAUCUGUUGAUUUUGCAUUAAACGCGCGCCACUGCGGGUAAUAGGGAGGUGCGGGUUAUGUGACAAUUUUAAAAUCUAGUGGUAGUUGAAUUGAAAAAAAUUAUCACCAACAUGCGUUUCCACCUCUCAAGUGAAUUUUAUUGUAUUAAUAGUGCCGCAAAGCGGCACGAAAACAUGAUGCCGACUCAAGUUUAUUUCACGC